AUGCCUACGACAAGGUUUGCUUCCUCUACAGGCAACACAGAUUCCACAGCCUUGAAUGGGAAUAUAACUGCUGAAUCCAUCCAAGAACAGCGUCAGAAAUCCUUCAAUGGUAGAAAGAAGCGUGAAGUGCCUAGUGACCUCUCCCCUAAACAAAAAAUCAUGAUCCAGUUCAUAAAUCAUAUCACAGAUGUCGAUAAAAAGCACCUCUUAUGGAGCAAAGCUGCAGACGAAUCUAUUGGUAUUGAUACAGUGAUAGAGCGCGUGUACAAGCUAAAGUACAAGGAUUUCGCUUCAUUAAAGGCUGAUUUAGAUAAGGUCUUUUCUGCGUGCAUUCACAUUAUCAAGAAAUCAAUCCCUGAACUGGACGCGUUCAAGAAGCUGUACACAUACACCAACCAUAGCCUCGCAUUAGAAGCAUCUCGACUUGAGGAAGAAUUAGAGGAAAACGAGCAUGUUGUUGAAUUCAUCUCCUUGUUCAGACCAACCAAUGAUGGAUAUGCGUUUACAGACAUGAUUGCUAGAGAUCCAGCUGCUACACCCAUUACUAAUUAUCCACACAAUAUCCAUGAAUUGAUUGUUCAUAAAGCGCAAGCAGCAGCACUAGAUGAAGUGCCUUUAUUGAAAGACGUUGUCGCACCACCACCUACCUAUUACUCGAAAAUCGUUCGACAUGAAGACAAGCCCAUCGUACCCAUCAAUUGGCUUGAUUUUGGCGCCUUUUCCAGUUUUGCACCCGCUUCCGAUUCAAAUAAUGCAAAUGCGACAUACGAAAAUACAUACAUGGGACGUUCCGCAAAACGAUUCAAAAAGUGGGAGCAAAAGCAAUUGGAGAAGGAAGACGAGACAGAGGAACCAGCAGCAGAGGAGAUGGACACAAACGAUGAGGAACUAAACGCAUUAUGGCUCGAAAAGGAGGGAUUCGACGUCAAAGCCAUAGAAGAAGCCGUCAACAACAACAACAACAACAACACACCUGAUAACAUUGCACAAGAAUUAGAGCGAAAUUGCCAAUUACUAGAGCAGCUUGUUCAAUAUCAACACUCUCGCUUCAGCGCAGGAAAAACAAAGUGGGAUGCCGUUGAGGAGAAAGAAGUCGAGAUUGCUAAAACAUUGGAAAAACACAUGAUGGCCAUGCUAUCAAAACUACCACCCAAUGCGACAACAGAUACAGACAUCAUAGAAAGCACCAUGACUCGUCUACCUUUGCUGGAUUCAUCUUAUAGAGGCACAUUACCACCGCACAAAAUAUUCUCAUUCCCUACAACAGAGAGAGCCGAGAAUUUACCUCCCUAUGCAAACAUCACACCCACUUACUCCAAAGAUAACUGGAGAUUGGUUCGAGUAGCUCCCGUGCCACCUAAGGAUAUGACAGGCAAUCUUCCUGUUUUUCCUCUGGUAAGCAUGAUGGAGCAACAGCAACUCAACUUUUACCAAAGAGCGCCAUUCCCUGGUCAACCACAGCAGCAGCCAUUACCACUACAGCAGCAACCACAAACACAGCAAAGAGUGCCAGUAGCUGCUGCUGGAUCAUCGUUUGCAUAUCAGCAACAACCACAACGCAGAUAG